GGCAGCAGGGCACAGCAGAGAGCCAGCCAAAGGGGAGAAGGGCUCCUACGCCUUCCUCUUCCCACACUCACAAAUCCACAAUCCAAGACUAGAAUCCCAAGUUGCAGCAGACAUAGGAGGGGAGGGCAGUUAUCUAAGCCUCUCAGCACCCCUGUGUGCCUGGUUGGAUCAUGGAGCUGCACUGUCUUCCUACUGAGACACCCACCACAGCCAGCUCCUGCUCCACGGACCCCCUAUACGAUAACUGCCCACCUUUUGCCCAGCGAGGGAGGGCCAGGGAAAAGGAAAUGGAGAGUAGGGUUGUGUGCCCGGCUGUAACCAGACUCCCAGGGCCCUGCAGUAGCCCACUGCCUGGUCUGGCCCCAGCUGUGGCGGAGAUUCCCACACUGGUCAUUGGGGGAAGAGGGACUGGCGCCUGGCCAGAUCACAGCUACUGCAGCUGGAGAAGAGUUCUGGGAAGACAGGGAUGGGAAGCAGAGCUGGAUCCAGGCAUCAACAGAGCAAGAGGAGAACAGGGAUAUAGCUGGGGAGUUAAGGACAGAGCUCAUCUGAAUCAGGGCUUGACUCCAUCACAGAGUGAGGAGCACAGGAGUGCUCUGUCUCUGUAUGAUAACCUCCCCGACGCUGUCACCCCUGACAGCCUCCAAGAGGUCUUUGACAUGGACACAAGCCUCCAGGAGCACUUGCAGGAGCAGAUGUACCCUGCAUGGGCCCCAGUGCAGAUCCAAGGGCUGAUGGAUGGUGAGGGACUGAGUGAAGACAAGAGCACCUGGUCCUCCUGUGAGAUCAUCCUCGCUGAAAGCAGUUCCAUUAACCAGGACAAGAAUCCAGAGCAAGACAAGAAGCAUGAACAGGAGCCAGAGCUGGACUCAGGAUCCUUUGGAUUUAAGCAGGGGGACCUGAUGCUGCACCUCCAGCUCCCGAUGUCACCUCCUCAACAAGAUCUUCCGGCAUGUUCCCCUCAGCUAUCUCCAACGGAGUGCCAGGUUAUGUGGCCCCCAGCUGAAGCCCAUCACCCAGAGCAGCCACCCUGUUCUCCCAGGGUGCCCCCUCCUGUACCCCUGGCAGACCCCUCUGCCAGUGCCCUUCGCAGCCUCCUCACUAGCCUCCAACAGCAAAUAGUCAGACAGAGGGAGGAGUACGAGGCACGGAUAAUCAGCCUGGAGCAAAGAAAUGAAGACUUGCAGGUAGAGGUUGUUCGGUUGAAAACAAACCUCGCGCAGCAACGGCAGUGGUACCAGGCAGUCCAGGCUAAGAUCAUGGAGUCCGAAAGGGCCCGGGCUACCGCAGAACUACGCAAUGCGACGCUGCAGAAGGAGAUGGAGCAGUUCUUUGACACCUUUGGAGAGCUCAACAAUGAGGCCAAGAAGACAGAAUGUAUCGUCAAGAGCUUUUGAGUACAGAAACUAUGCUUGAGUUGUGUGUGAUGAUAUGAACAGUGGGUGCAAAGCGAAGGACAAAAGGCACAAGACUGGCUCGUCUUUAAACUCUAGUUAGAUUCAUUUAGUAUAGUAGUUUGUCACUAUUCAUGUAGAAUAUUUCCUUCCCUAUAAUUGGGAAAGGUUUACGUGAUGUACAAUUAUUCCUCGAUUAAGAAUGUGAGAAAUAUACAAAACAACAUCAAUGAAAGAAAAUUAAUCACUGAUGUCCACUUUAUUAGUUACAUAAGGGCAAAAGAUGAUGGCCAAGAGAUUAUAUUGUGGUCAUUGCAAUUACACAGGACAUCUCUGAAAAUAAAAGGAGAAACAAACUGUGUGAGAUGUAGAGUGCAUACAAUGGAGCUUUUAAAAAAACAAACAAAGGAAAACACAAGAUGUUCUGAGCAUUGUAAAGCUUAGUCCAUAUCUGAUAAGAUUUUAGGGAGUGAAUUGGCCACUCCUCUGGUCAUUUAAGGCAUGACUGAAAGAAUAAGGUCAUUUUUAUUGAAGGAAAACAUAGCGUACAAUAUGGUGCUUCAAGUCCUCAGUGACUUCAUAGUGUCAUAUUUCUGCAUUUCCAUCCCAUUGUGCAAUCAGUUCUGCAAAAAGCAGUUCCCCAGUCCAUCGUUAAGUCUCCAUCUUGAGUUUCAAUGUCCAGGUUUUCAUUCAUGGCUCCACAGUCACGUCCUCAUUUUAAACCACAACAUGUUUAGGGGCCAACGUCCUCCAUACACUCUGCCUUUGCAACCAGGCGGCUGCUGUCUUUAAGGACGACUCAAAGGAGAUAAUGAAGGACAGGAGCUGCACAGUACUUUUUGAUGAUAAAACACACACACACACACACACACACACACAAAAUACAACACUGCAUCAAACAGGCUUUCAAAACCAAGAACAUCAAGGUACUGUAAGAAAUGGAACUGGACUGAAUGGUUUUCUCUUUAUAACAAGAACUACAGUAUCUUAUUGGCAUCUAUAAUGCCUUCAUGCACAUUAAACACUGUUAUUUGUGUUUUACUGCCUUUACAUAAGUUCUUAAUGAUGUCUGAUUCAUGAUUAGACUUGCUACUGCUCUGGUACUAAUGGAAUGAUUUAGAAAAGGAGCAGCCAAUGCACGGAUUUGUCAGUGAAAUGACCAGAGGCGUCAUUUACACCAGCCUCAAUGUGAUUGUGUGCAACAUUUCGCAAGAACACAAAAAUAAACACUACAUGUAUC